GUUCUGCUGCUGGUCGUUGUUGUAGAUUCUCCAUAUUCUUUGUUUUGCUAUUUUUCUUUUCAAAAAUCACGGGGUAACGUAUGGAGAGAGAGAAUGCCACGAGAGUCUGGACUCUGUAACUGCGGCUUCCUGAUAGAAACAGCUUCAGAGGAGGCAACGGAAAGCACCGUGAAGAGUCCCCAGUCUGCUUAUUUUCUAUCUUCUUUAUUUUUUUGCGGUGCUCCACUGCCAUUCACUCACUGUCCGGCCCUAUAAUACCCUCAGAGCCUAUCUUUAUUUCUUUCGUCUGUCCUUUCAUCCUCUCCUUCUCCAUUCUCUAUCAAGGAAUUGAUCACGGUACCUCUCCUAUAUCAUUUGUGUCCUAAGAUCUCUACAGAAUGGCCAUUUUGCAUCAAUUGCAGUGAUCGAGCACCAGUAACUUCCAUGUGACUGGCUUUCAGCGUCUACAAACGACUGUACUAUCAACUUGCACGACAUCUCUAGUGACUCAGAAACCAGUCGCGCGCGCGUUUCCAACUCAUCAGGUAUCAAUUAUUAUUCCUUUAAACAGCCUCAACAAGUUAUGUCGCGUUCCAGGCAACCGGGAAGUCUCCCUGCAAUCUUUGUCCACGCUGGAGCGGGGUUUCACAGUCAUCACAACGAAAAGGCCCAUCUUGAAGCCUGCGACAAUGCAGCGAAGGUCGCGAUGGCGGUUCUCAGAGCCGGAGGCUCAGCAGUAGAUGCCGUUGAAAUUGCUAUUGUGACUCUCGAGAACCAUGAAAUCACAAACUCGGGGUAUGGCAGCAACCUGACCAUAAAUGGUACUGUCGAGUGCGAUGCUACCAUAGUCGAUCACCUGGGACGAAGUGGCGCUGUGGGAGCGGUCGAACAGGUCAAAAAUCCAAUAUCGCUGGCUAGAGUCAUUCUCAAUCAUUCAACCAUCGAAUUGUCUUUGAAUAGGGUGCCUCCAAACUUUCUUGUGGGAAUGGGGGCUACAGACUACGCUUACGAAAACGGUCUUGUUACUCUGCAUGAUGAUGGGCUGAUAUCUCCAGCAGCGAAGGAACGAUGGCUGCGCUGGACUGAGGAACUGCGAAAUGCUCACAGAGACGAUGAAACAAGUCUUCGAACAGACAAUAUAACACCCUAUCUCCGUCGACCUAUUAAAAUGCAUCCAGCGCAUUUACUUGCCACGCCUCGUAGCCUUGGCUCAGAAUCUCCAGUUAACUCUCCAAUUUUUUCUGGUACGACUGAAAGUCAGAGGCAUUUCUCUGGUGGUUCGCACAACACCCUUGAAAUUCAAGAAUUAGGCCACAGUCCUGGAAUCUGUUCAAAUAGUGGACAACCCGCAUCCAGCAAGGUCAGAGAUCCUAGGUGUGUGAAGGAAAGUGAGUUCUUGGACAUUCAAAAAAAUGAUGAUGCCGAUCCCUGUUGUACAGACAGGAAACUCCCUACACAAACGUCCACCUCAGGCAACGCCUCAAAUGUUGCCAAUGAUGGGGCCUCCAAACACGAUGCUAUCACGGACAAUAUCACAGACACUGUAGGGGCAAUAGCAGUGGAUGCAAAGGGGAAUAUCGCUGCAGGCUCAUCUUCUGGUGGUAUUGGCAUGAAACGCCGUGGCAGAGUUGGCCCAGCAGCCCUCGUAGGCAUCGGCACCGCUGUGAUCCCGGAGGAUCCGAAUGACCCUGAUGGGACUUGUGUUGCAGUUGUCACAUCAGGGACAGGAGAGCACAUUGCUACAACCAUAGCUGCCAACACUUGCGCGUCCCGAAUCUAUCAUAGUCAACGCAAGGGCGAAGACGGCACUUAUGAAGACAUCACCGAGGAAGAAGCCAUGCAUGAGAUGAUUGCAACAGACUUUAUGGGACAUCCUGGUGUGGUAAACAGCCACUGCCAUGGAGCCAUUGGAAUCAUGGCUGUGAAGAAAACGACGCAUGGUGUCUUUCUUUACUUUGGACACAACACCGAAUCUUUCGCACUCGCUUCGAUGACUAGCCAGGAUAAUAAGCCAAUGUGUGUGAUGUCUCGCAGCAACGGGGAGGGGAGAAUCGCUCAGGGUGGCCGCGCGUGCCGAAACAGAAGGUAUGCAUCUCGAAUAUAGUAUUACUACUUGUGAUGAUACAGAGUUCGCCGACUUCCCGCUUACACUGACUUGCGACAGUGAGCCUUCGUCACAUCACGCGAAUUCCGCCCCAUAAUCGCCCCAUCUGCCUCCGAUUUCUUUUUCUUUUCAAUGGUACGAAGUGCUUGAACCUAGUGACCAAAACCUAAGCCCCUAGCAUUUGUCCCGAUACUUCAUCUUUACAUCCUUAAAUGGAUGUCUUUGUUCGCACGUAUGCCUCACGCUGCCUCAGUGGCUUUGAGAUAGCCAUUUGGGAUAGCCUCAGGGCCGGCCAAGGCGGGUCGACAUUGCUGAACUGCAGCGUCGGCUAUCCUGGCCUACCUAAAGGUAUCAACUGGACACACGGAUUGUCGCGUCGAUCGUGCUGUCAUUUGGGUUCCCCAGUGUA